CAUUUGGAUGUUGACGGGCCCCAACUUCGAGUCUGACUAUGUCGAGCUUCGGACAACGCAGUAUGGCGGACGCUCCCUCUUUGCAGCUCGCGAUACCCCAGCCGGAACACGCGUUCAUUCGAGCCCAGGUCCCUUUGCGCAUGUCAUCUACAAGGAUUACCGACGCGAAGUAUGUGCACAGUGCUUCGCAUACGCUGCCAGCGACUCCGCGCCUGUCAAGGUCGUGCAAUCCCGUGUGUGGAGCAUAAAAUGCAAUCCUGGAGGACUCCAAGCCUCUGCUGCCUGGUUUUGCAGCGAAGAUUGCAAAAAGACUUGGGAGAAGGACGAGACAGGGCUGCUUCAGCUGCAGCUAGAUGCGGCCUUGACGAAAGCUCUGGUAGCCUCUCGCAGGAAAGGUUCCAAGUCGACCAACACGCCCUCCUUCGGUUCUGCAGACGAUCUCACACAAGACGCCAUCGACCAAGCAUGGAAAAAUGUACAGGAACUCGUGGCAUCGAAAGCACGGCUCGCCGCAUUUUGCGCGACUAUCGACCUCGAGGACAUGGAACUAGAGAUUGCGAGGUUGCUCGUAUCCGCCAUCGUCCUCCGACACGUCUCAGGCAGUAAUACCAACGGUGUUGUUGAUUCCGAUUCGCAUCGUAACGAGAUACAGUCGUGGAUCCAUUUCCUACAUAUCCAAAACAACGAACUUGCGAACGUCCGCGAACGCCAGCACAUUUUAUCCGCUCAUCUUCGAAUAUACGCUUUCCUUUGCAACGCACUUCCAAGGUAUCUCCUGCAGUACACACCGACGACCGUGCGCGAGGUGCUUGCAAGAGACACCGGGAACGCUUUCGGUAUCUGGGACGGCGAUCGCAGGGACGAGAUGUUAGGGUGGGGAAUUUGGAUCAGUGCCAGCUACUUCAAUCACAGUUGUUCCCCAAACAUCCGCAAGAUACGUCAAGGCAGGACGUUGUAUUUUGAAACGAGCCGCGCUGUGUCAGCCGGGGAAGAACUGUGCAUCAGCUACGUUGACACCGAUCAACCCGUCGAACAGAGGCAGAAGGAUCUGGAGUCGAGCUGGUUCUUUAGAUGUGGUUGCAGCCGGUGCAACACGGAGUCUAGAGCGUAGAUAGAUUACAUAGAUGGAUAGAUAGGGACCAAUUGUAGCGG